CCCACUGUCAAUUUUAGGGCCCAAACGGACCUGUUCAAGUCGGUGGUGACCGUGUGCAGCAACGAAACCACAGUCAUUCGCGAGGUGUUUGACAGUCCCAGUGUGGUAAUGCAUCGCUUCUUAGAGCGCAUCUACGAGCAGAAGCUGCAGUCACACAUUGAUGAGUCACUGGAAGCUGCCAAGCAACAGUCACUGCCAGUGUACCUCAAAGUACUAACAAAGCUACACACGAAGGCACUGAGUCUCAAAGAGGCCCUGCAGAGCAUCGACAUGUGCCAGGAGCCCACUCUGCUCACCAAGCUCACGGACAACCUCUUCUGUCUGCACCUGCCCGAAGAUGUGUAUAUCCGCAAUGAGAUCAGGUCGCUGCGGGUGUCAUAUAUUGAACAGCUCAACCAAUACUACACAUCCAUCGGUCACAUGAAGCCCACUAACAACCCGAGUACUAAUCUGAUGGGGCGGAUGUUUGAUUCGCUGACCGUGUCUAAAGAGAAUGAGGAGGUGUCAGGUGUGCCUGUGAGUUCAGAGCUUGCGCUCACCUUCAUCUACGAAAACAAGGAGGCGCUGCAACGGGCCAAGCAACUGUCACCACCCGAACAGAUUGCUGAGAAUAUAGAGCGCAUAGUGGAUCUGCUGCUCAAGUUCUUGUGUGUGCAGCAUUUGGACUAUGCCCUGGAUGUAUCGCUGUCCAAAUUGAUGAUCCAUGGGCCUAUGAGGAGUACGCCGGCCCUGGAUGUCUUUGAAACCAUCUCCAAGGUGAACUAUGUCUUCCACGUGUUAACCACGUACUUUAACACAUCUGUGGUGCCUGCGGUGGAGGGCUACUUCGCCAUCACAGCCUCAGUGACGGACGAGAAGAACGCCAUUGCACAGACGCUGCAGACAAAGAUCAAUUCAUGUCUCAUACGCUCACUAGAAG